GCUUUACGAGCUCUUCAAAUGUUUCGUGUCAGCAUUGUCCUGUUGGCAGUGGGCCUAGUCCUAGUUCUGGCCAAUGCGAGUGCCCAACAGUUGCGCAUCAAGCAGCUGCACACGCUGCACAAGUGGAGCAAUCUGAGCCUGGGACAGGAUGAGGGCAGCAAUAGCCACUUCCUGCCCGUCGAUCUGGACAUUGAGUAUGGCGACGAGGGGCGUCAUCGUACAUUUCUGACCAUACCACGCCUGAGCACGGGCACGCCAUUUACGCUGGCCACCGUGGCAGCGGCUGAUAACAAAGUGCUUGAGAAUCCCCGCCUGGAGCCCUAUCCCAGCCUGGAAUGGCAUCAGUCAGCGAACAACUGUUCGGGCAUCACUUCGGCCAUCAGGACUUAUAUUGAUGAGUGCUGGCGCCUUUGGGUUGUGGAUUCGGGUCAAGUGAACUCCUUGCAGCUGUGCGCUCCACAAAUCUUGAUAUUCGAUCUGGUCAAAGAUGCUCUGGUGCAGCGUACCAUGCUGGCCCCGCACAUGUACACGCCCAGUGUAUCGAUUUUUACGGCGAUGGUCGUGGAUCUGGCUGAGAGCAAAUGCUUGGGUGGCAGGGCUUAUAUAGCGGACGCCUGGGGCUAUGGCCUGAUUGUCUUUGAUGCGCUCACCGACAAAUCCUGGCGCAUCGAGCACGAGUCCAUGCAGCCGUCCUUGGGAGUGCGUCGAUUUGGCAACGCCCACGCUGGCAUUUUCACAGUGAGCUUGAGUCCACGCCAUGCAGCAGAGCGCUUUUUGUACUUCCAUACACUGAAUAGCUUCUAUGAGAUAGCCCUUCCCUUGCACGUGGUCAACAAUGAGAGCAUCUGGCGGCAGCAGCCCUCGAGCAAGGCGAUCAGCAAGCAUUUUCGCGUCCUGGGCACGCGUGGCACCCAGUGCGAAUCGGAGGUAAUGGACAGUGGCGGGAAUCUCUACUGCAGCCUCAUCAGCCUGGGUGCUUUGAUCAGCUGGAACGAGCAUUCGAAUUACACUGCAGACGAUAUACGCGCAGUGGCCUACAAUCCGCUGCAGCUUAAAUUUGUAACUGGCCUCAAAAUCAAUCUGAACUCAAAGGGAGAGAAUGAACUGUGGGCACUGAGUAGUGAGCCGAAUCUUUUUGUGGGCGGUUCCUUGAAAGAAGACGCGAUUAAGUUUCAAAUUGUUGGCUGUCGUACAGCUGACUUACUGGCAAAUAGACCAUGCACAGUGGGCGCCGCGCAGUUGUAACUACCUCUAAUAAUAUGUAUUAGUUUUA